AAGAGAAUUGUUUUUUCUCACGUAUAGUAGGGUUCUUAUUGGGCGGGUCGUAACAAACAUAGAAAAACCCACCUUUUUUGCUUAUAUAUUGAUUGUAAAAGAAAAAAAGUAAAAGGGGAUUUAGGUAUCUUGUGAAUUCAAUUCAAUUGCGUGUGUUUGCAAAAUGGCGAUGGCAUUGGAUACCGUGUUGCUCGGCGUCCCCCGACCUCACCCGGAAAUAGAGGAAGAAAUUGCGAAGCGGCUGAAAUCAGAACAGCACACCAUCUUCCACGACGACGUCACCCAACGUCCACCGGAAAGCUGCGAAGAAGAAGAAGAAGAAAGAGAGAAGCAGCUGAAACCAGAAUCGGAUUCUUAUUCAGAUUCGGAUUCUGAUUCGGAACCCCCCGGAUCUUCUUGGGAUUGGGUAACGAAACCAAUUGGAUAUCUGGAGGAGAAGUAUGAUAAUGACCCUAUUCCCCGUGUUUUCCGGUGUUCGAGCUUUGUGUAUAAGAAUAAAGCACGGAAAAUACAUGAACAGGCUGUAGAGGAUUCCGUGAGAGAGUAUUUGAAGAACGCUCGUAACAUAAGUCCCUACGAUGCUAUCGAUAUUCCAACUUUAGCCCUGGAAAAUCAAUUUGGCCGUAACUGGCCCAGGCCCCUUCGCAUUAGGGACGAUGAACAUCGCAAUCUUCUCAUUCACCUUUCCAAAUUUGCUUUGGCUCAUUACAAUCAUCACAAUCAGGGUGCCAAGAAGUAUGUGUUUGUUGGCUUUGUCAAGGCAACUUGGAGGCUUACUCCUCUUGGGUCUAAUUACAUUACCUUCCUAGCAAAAGAGGAUACAGAUUUUGAUCCUUUCAACUGCCCUGCAAAAACUUUCCAGGCUCACGUCACUUACAUGUCGAAUGCAACGGAAGAGUACACUAAAGUCAUAGACUGUUCUAUCAAGCCUGACAACUAACACAUGGAAAUUGUCUCCAUUGCAUGCACCUGCUGUGAAACUGGUUUUGGCUGUGUUAGAAAUAUGGGGGUUAACGUGUGGACAGAAUUCUGUUCUGAGUGUCGUGAAAUGUGGAUUAUAAAUUUGUUUCCUUUGUAAUUUCAUGCCUUAUAGUGGCACUUAUGUCUGUUACUUAUCUGUAUAAUAGGCUGAGCAUUCCGAAUAUAUGACUUGAAUCCUUUAGUUUUAGUUUUGUCUUAAUAUCCGCUGCUGUGGAUUACUUCAAGCCGAAUGUUUGAGUUUUGAUGACUGCUUGUAUAUAUUGGCUGAUAAUUUUAUUGUUGCUUAAAUUUUGUUAA